AUGUCAAUUGGUGCCCCACGAAUAUUAAUAUCGUUGCAAAGAGUUAAAGAGAAUGUUCCUGAUUUACCUCCAGAACUCUUCACCUUUUCAAUGGCCACACCACCACUAGUCAGCUCUCCACAGGGUAGACUUUUCUUAAGAAAAGAUAUAAAGCUUUUCGUGGUUAUCGCCAUCUCGUUGGUGCUCUACAAACUGUUUCUCAAUGCAUCCCAUCACGUUGUGCAGCUAAUAGUUGAUGUUGCAAAAUGUCGUCACAUACCAUUGCAUAAUGAUGAAGACAAUGAAGAUGAACGUCUGGAACUAGAAUUAUGGGAGUCAAACAAGGUGGUGUCGUUUAAUGACAACAUCACCAUUGUUGAAUAUUCUUCAUCAAUUAUAAGCUCUAAGGUGACACCAACAUGUUGUUGUCCAACCAGUAUAACUAUCUUAAAGCAAUGGCUUCGACUGAUUAGAUUCAAGAAAGCCUUACGUCAUUACGUCGUGCCAUUCUUGGGGUUGGUGGUUGUGCUCCCCUUAAUAUAUAAAUCUCCAAUGAUCUUAUUAACAACAUCUUCUACCAUUUAUAUCCAUGGGCCAGAGUAUCAGAUCCGCUUUGAUCAUGUUUUCUUGGCCACAAUCAUGGUUUCCUUAUUCAAUAAUUUUAAAUCAUUGAGUUUCAUGGCUCCACAGUUCCCUACCAUGACUCUUUUAUUAACCAAGUUCUGUUGGGCUUAUGGUUAUUUAACAUUAAUUUUGAGUGCCAUGACAUUACCAUUUUUCACCGAUGUCUUAGCAUGUUUCCUAAAGAUAAUGUGUGAUGCUAUCACUGAACGUAAUGAUAACGAAACAGGCAAUGGGAACGCUUUCCCAAUGCGGAAGGAAUACGAGCAAUUGCAACAAUUGGCUCAGCAGGCUACAGCUGCUGCUAACCCACCAGCUUUGCCUGUUCAUCCUUUGGACCCUUUAAGUGUUUUAGAAAUCCAACAUGUUUCAAAUGUUAUCAAGGCUCAUUUUGCUGGCGUUAACAUUAGUUUCAACACUAUUUCCUUAAAGGAACCUGCCAAAAAGGCUUACUAUGAUUGGAAGGAAAAGAAUGGUCCAAUUCCCCCAAGAAUAGCAUACUAUGUUAUUGUGAAAGACGGUGUUAAUGGUGUCACUGAAGGGUUUGUUGAUAUUCCUUCUUCAACAGUUUUGACUGUCAAAGUAUUGGAAGGUGUUCAACCAAUUUUGGCACCUGAAGACUUGCAAAGAACUGAAGAAAUUGUUAGAACUGAUCCGGAAGUCAUUAAACAAUGUGUUCUUUCUGGAAUUCCUGAAGAUGACAUGAAGAAUGUUUAUUGCGAUGCUUGGACCAUUGGUUAUGAUGAAAGAUGGGGUGCUUCAAGAAGAUUGCAACAAGCUUUGAUGUAUUGGAGAUCAGAUGAAGAUGAUUCCCAUUACUCUCACCCUUUGGACUUUUGUCCUAUCGUUGAUAUGAAUGAAGGUAAGGUUAUCUAUAUUGAUAUCCCCAACAGAAGAAGAAAGGUUUCUAAACAUAAACACUCCAACUUCCAUCCAAUCCACAUCAAGGAGAAAUAUGGUACACCUGAAAACCCAUCUGGUUACAGACAAGAACCAGAUACUCCAAUUAACAUUACUCAACCAAAUGGUGUUUCUUUCAAAAUGGAUGGUAACGUUAUGAAAUGGUCCAAUUUCUCUUUCCAUAUUGGGUUCAACUAUAGAGAGGGGAUUGUUCUUUCUGAUAUCACUUACAAUGAUCAUGGUAAGGUUAGACCAAUUUUCCAUAGAGUCUCUUUGGCAGAAAUGAUUGUUCCUUAUGGUUCUCCUGAUUUCCCUCAUCAAAGAAAACAUGCUUUGGAUAUUGGUGAAUACGGUGCUGGUAACUGUACCAACCCAUUGCACUUGGGUUGUGACUGUAAGGGUGUUAUCCACUAUUUGGAUGCCCACUUUUCUGAUCUGGCUGGCUCUCCAAUCACUAUCAAGAAUGCUGUUUGUAUUCAUGAAGAAGACGAUGGGAUUUUGUACAAGCAUUCCGAUUUCAGAGAUGGCUUUCAAACCACCAUCAAUGUUAGAGGUAAGAGAUUAAUCAUCUCUCAAAUCUUUACUGCUGCCAACUAUGAAUACUGUUUGUAUUGGACCUUCAGACAAGAUGGUACUUUGAAAUUGGAAAUUAGAUUGACUGGGAUCUUGAACACUUAUAUCGCUGGUGAAGGAGAAUCAGCUGGUCCAUGGGGUACUAUUGUUUAUCCUAAUGUUAAUGCCCAUAACCAUCAACAUUUGUUCUCUUUGAGAGUUCAUCCAAGAGUUGAUGGUGAUAACAACUCUGCUGGAGUUGCUGACUGUGCUGCAUCUCCUUUCAAGACUGGGUCCGUUGAAAACCCAUACGGUAAUGCAUUUUACUCCGAUAAGACUGUUUUCAAGACCGUCAAGGACUCUUUGACAGAUGGGUCAGUGAUUAGAACUUGGGAUCUCUUCAACCCUCAAUCCAUUAACCCUUAUUCAGGUAAACCCGCUUCCUACAAGUUGGUUUCCACCUUCUGUUCUCCCUUAUUGGCUCAAGAAGGGUCCUUGGUUAGAAAGAGAGCUCCAUGGGCUGCUCACGCUACCGAAGUCAUUCCUUACAAGGACGAUGCCUAUGGUUACGGUAGAUUGUACCCAUCAGGUGAUCAUGUUGCUCAAUGGUCUGGUGAUGGCGCCAGAGGUAUGAGAGAAUGGAUUGGUGAUGGUUCUGAACCAAUUGAAAACACCGACAUCAUCUUCUGGCAUACCUUUGGAAUCACCCAUUUCCCAGCCCCAGAGGAUUUCCCUGUCAUGCCUACAGAAAUCUUUGACUUGAUGUUGAGACCCAGACACUUUUUCACUGAAAACCCUUGUAUGGAUAUCAAACCUUCUUAUGCCAGAACUACUAAGGAAGUUAAGGCUGGUAAGACCAAUGAGGAUCCAACUGUGGUCAUUAAGGAUUCAACUUCUGUUCACGCUUUUGGCGAAUCUUGUUGUAAGAAAUAA